UUCUGGGCGGUUUCUGAUGGUCAAGUUCUCUGAUGUCAACCCUCAGAUUCUCGGCGAAAUGCUGGGAGGUACUGAGUUAACAGUCUGUGCAGAGGGAGGCCGCGCUUGAACGUGGAGUUCAGAGUGGGACACGUUUCCUGUCAUGCUUGGUGGCAGGAAUUCUAGACCGCUAGAAUCAGGGAGAACUGGUGGGCGGUCCUUCCUGUGACACGACCCUUGAGUGACAGUUCUGUUUGAUUGCCUCCAGUACUGUGAGGACAGGACACGACUCUAUGGUGAGGACUGAUGGACAUACAUUAUCUGAGAAAAGAAACUACCAGGUGACAAACAGCAUGUUUGGUGCUUCAAGAAAGAAGUUUGUAGAGGGAGUCGACAGUGACUACCAUGACGAAAACAUGUACUACAGCCAGUCGUCUGUGUUUCCACAUCGGUCAGAGAAAGACAUGCUGGCAUCACCAUCUACAUCAGGUCAGCUGUCUCAGUUUGGGGCAAGUUUAUACGGGCAACAAAGUGCACUAGGCCUUCCAAUGAGGGGGAUGAGCAACAACACCCCUCAGUUAAAUCGCAGCUUAUCACAAGGCACUCAGUUACCGAGCCACGUCACGCCAACAACAGGGGUACCAACAAUGUCACUUCACACGCCUCCAUCUCCAAGCAGGGGUAUUUUGCCUAUGAAUCCUAGGAAUAUGAUGAACCACUCCCAGGUUGGUCAGGGCAUUGGAAUUCCUAGCAGGACAAAUAGCAUGAGCAGUUCAGGGUUAGGUAGCCCCAGCAGAAGCUCGCCAAGCAUAAUAUGUAUGCCAAAGCAGCAGCCUUCUCGACAGCCUUUUACUGUGAACAGUAUGUCUGGAUUUGGAAUGAACAGGAAUCAGGCAUUUGGAAUGAAUAACUCCUUAUCAAGUAACAUUUUUAAUGGAACAGAUGGAAGUGAAAAUGUGACAGGAUUGGACCUCUCAGAUUUUCCAGCAUUAGCAGACCGAAACAGAAGGGAAGGAAGUGGUAACCCAACUCCAUUAAUAAACCCCUUGGCUGGAAGAGCUCCUUACGUUGGAAUGGUAACAAAACCAGCAAAUGAGCAAUCCCAGGACUUCUCAAUACACAACGAAGAUUUUCCAGCAUUACCUGGUUCCAGCUAUAAAGAUCCAACAUCAAGUAAUGAUGACAGUAAAUCAAAUUUGAAUACAUCUGGCAAGACAACUUCAAGUACAGAUGGACCCAAAUUCCCUGGAGAUAAAAGUUCAACAACACAAAAUAAUAACCAGCAGAAAAAAGGGAUCCAGGUGUUACCUGAUGGUCGGGUUACUAAUAUUCCUCAGGGAAUGGUGACGGACCAGUUUGGGAUGAUUGGCCUCUUAACGUUUAUCAGGGCAGCAGAGACAGACCCGGGAAUGGUACAUCUUGCGUUAGGAAGUGACUUAACAACAUUAGGCCUCAAUCUGAACUCUCCUGAAAAUCUCUACCCUAAAUUUGCAUCACCCUGGGCGUCUUCACCUUGUCGACCUCAAGACAUAGACUUCCAUGUUCCAUCUGAGUACUUAACGAACAUUCACAUUAGGGAUAAGCUGGCUGCAAUAAAACUUGCCCGAUACGGAGAAGACCUUCUCUUCUAUCUCUAUUACAUGAAUGGAGGAGACGUAUUACAACUUUUAGCUGCAGUAGAGCUUUUUAACCGUGAUUGGAGAUACCACAAAGAAGAACGAGUAUGGAUUACCAGGGCACCAGGCAUGGAGCCAACAAUGAAAACCAAUACAUAUGAGAGGGGAACAUAUUACUUCUUUGACUGUCUUAACUGGAGGAAAGUAGCUAAGGAGUUCCAUCUGGAAUACGACAAACUGGAAGAGCGGCCUCACCUGCCAUCCGCCUUCAACUACAACCCUGCUCAGCAGGCUUUCUGAGCGGCCCUCCCGGGCGCAGCCACCCCGGCACCAUGCUCCGCGGACUGCAGGGCAGACGGGGCUCGGGCGCCCCGGCUUUAACUCCUUGAGGAUCUGGCAAUUGGCUUACACAAAGGGUCACCAUUUGAGGUCCUGCCUUACUGAUUAUGUGCUGCCCAACAACUAAAUUUGUCAUUUGUUUUUCUCUAGUUCGAGCAGGGUCUGGAUUUUUUCAUUUAUUUUCUUUUUUUUGCCAGCAGACAGACUUGGGUCUGUAAAGACAAGCAAGUACACUGACAGAAGUUUACCAUUUAGUUUCUAAAAUGUAAAAAAAAAAAAACCCACAACAAAAGACUCAACAAAAUUAGACCACAAAAUUUGCAUUGUUCAUUGUAGCACUAUUGGUAAUAAAAUAACAAAUGUUUGUGCAUUUUUAUGUGAAGAUCCUUCUCGUAUUUCAUUUGGAAAGAUGAGCAAGGUCUGCUUCCUUCAUUUUACUUCCCCUUCUGUUUUUGAAAGGCAGUUUCGCCAAGCUUAAUGCAAGAGUAUCUGACUGUUUAGAAGAAAGAUAUUGCCACAAUCUCUGGUUGCUUUCCAGGGUUGUGUUAUUACUGAGCUUCAUCUUUCCAGAAUGAGCAAAACACUGUCCAGUCUUUGUUACGAUUUUGUAAUAAAUGUGUACAUUUUUUUUAAAUUUUUGGACAUCACAUGAAUAAAGGUAUGUAUGUACGAAUGUGUAUAUAUUAUAUAUAUGACAUCUAUUUUGGAAAAUGUUUGCCCUGCUGUACCUCAUUUUUAGGAGGUGUGCAUGGAUGCAAUAUAUGAAAAUGGGACAUUCUGGAACUGCUGGUCAGGGGACUUUGUCGCCCUGUGCACUGAAGGGCCAGAUUUUCAGCAGCCAAGGACAUCAUACCCAAGUGAAUGUGAUGGGACUUACAGAAGUGAGCUGAGGCAGUUCACUCUGGCUGUUUGAACAGCAGCGUUUCAUAGGAAGAGAAAAAGAUCAAUCUUGUAUUUUCUGACCACAUAAAGGCUUCUUCUCUUUGUAAUAAAGUAGAAAAGCUCUCCUCA